GUCGGCCCCGCCGGGGUAGGGGGCUUGGGGAGCGCCGCGGGCCGGCAGAGCCGGGUUCGGCUGACCGAGGUCUCUGCCCCGCUGCCUUCCCGGGGUGCGGAGGCCUGCAGGCCCCCGAGCUGUGUCGGUGUCUGCUGUGCUGACGAUGCGAUUUAUGGCUCUGAAGAGUCUCUUUGUCCCCCAUUUUUUCUCCCCUUGAAGAUAAUAAAUCCCAUUAUGGAGACCCUGAAACUUUAUAAAGGAAUAUAGUUUGAAUUCUAUGGAGUGUAAUUUUAUGUAUGAAUUAAAUUUUAAAAGUGUUGAGUUUUCAGAAAGAAGGCUAGGAGUUCAGCACUGGUCCAUUAUGUGGAAGCAGUAAUUCUGUUGGUAAUAGUGUUUUGUUAGGCAUUGGUGAUAACACUAGAAAGGACAAGCUGUGUGUUUUGAUAAAUUGGUUCAUCCUCAAUUACAACAUGACUGAUAUUACAGCUGAAUUGUCCUUAAAAGAAGAGCAGGUUAACUUUUAAAUGCAGUGUGAAGAGUGUGUACUGUGGAACUUUCUAUGGUUAACUAGUUGUUUAUGAAGAAAGCACUGGCAGUUGAUCAGUCAUAAUCAAGUGGCGUGCAAAGUUAGAAAGACAACAUGCUACAGGGAAUGGAAACAAGUACAGGUAAUAUUUAACAAAAAUAGAGGAGUUAAUAGCUUGUGAACUUUAAGCAAAAAUCAUUUGAUGAUCAUACACACUGUAAUAGGCAUAGAUUGAACAAACCCGGUGGAUGUUAACUUAACCUCAAAAUUGUUAACUGAAGCUAAUAAACCUAUUUAAGUAAAUACUAUGAUGAUAAGCUAUGUGCAGUUAGCCUUUAGAUAAUGUGACUUUUAUAAAUGAAGCUUUUAAUUACUUUUGUUUACUAGAAGAAAGUGAAAAAAAAUUUGGAUGUCAUAGUAAGGUGCUUACAGGGAAACAAUCCUGCAUAUAGAUUUUUUCUCUUGUGAAAUAAUCAGUAAUUGGCCUGAUGUCCAAGCUUCAUAGCUUGUAACCAAAAGCGAAUUGGAGUCAUAAUUGAGAUAAUCUGUAGUUGCUUAGUAUUUGGAGAAUAUAAACCUUUUAGAAAAAUCGUUUUAACAUUUUGCAAGUGCGUGAACUUUUUCAAGCCUUUACGUUAUUGUUAUACCAAUGGGUAAAUAGCUUUUUAGUUACUUAAAAGUAAAUGCAAUCUCGAAGAAUACUAAGAGUAUCUUGGUAAUUUAGGAGAGUUAUUUAUCCCACCUUACCAUAAGCUCAUAAGUCAGGUGUGGUGAAUUCUGCGUAAGUCAGAACCAGUCAUUUGAUUCCUUUCUGUGGUGAAGUCUCAGUGUGAAGAGAUGAGAGGUUUCAUGUGAAGGUUUUAGCCAUCAAGAAAUACUGUCACCUACUCAUGCACAAAACUACCUCCCCAAGAGUAGUCCCAAGGACCCUGUAUUGAAGAACUAAAAAUAUGAUGGAAGAUAGCACCAUCUUGUCAACUUGGACAAACGACAACAAACAAAAAAUGAAGUAUGACUUCUCUUGCGAACUCUACAGAAUGUCUACCUACUCAGCUUUCCCCAACGGUGUUCCUGUCUCAGAACGGAGUCUUGCUCGUGCUGGUUUCUAUUACACUGGAGUGAAUGACAAGGUCAAAUGCUUCUGUUGUGGCCUGAUGUUGGAUAACUGGAAACAAGGAGACAAUCCUAUCGAAAAGCAUAAACAGCUGUAUCCUAGCUGUAGUUUUAUUCAGAAUCUGGUUUCAGCUAGUCUGGACUCCACCAUUAAGAAUACGUCUCCAGUGAGAAGUAGUUUUGCACAUUCAUUAUCUCCCACUGUGGAACCAGGUGGCUCGUUCAGUGGUUCUUACUCCAGCCUUUCAGCAAACCCUCUUAAUUCUAGAACAGUCGAAGACUUUUCUCCACUGAGGACUAACCCCUAUAGUUAUUCAAUGAGUUCUGAAGAGGCAAGAUUUCUUACUUACCAUAUGUGGCCAUUAAGCUUUCUGUCGCCAUCAGAAUUGGCAAGAGCUGGCUUCUAUUAUAUAGGACCUGGAGAUAGAGUAGCCUGCUUUGCAUGUGGUGGGAAGCUAAGCAACUGGGAGCCAAAGGAUGAUGCUAUGUCAGAACACCGGAGACAUUUCCCCAAAUGUCCAUUUUUGGAAAAUUCUCUCGAAACACUGAGGUUUAGCAUUUCAAAUCUGAGCAUGCAGACACAUGCGUCUCGAAUGAGAACAUUUAUGUAUUGGCCAUCUAGUGUUCCAGUUGGUCCUGAGCAGCUUGCAAGUGCUGGUUUUUAUUAUGUGGGUCGCAAUGAUGAUGUGAAAUGCUUUUGUUGUGAUGGUGGCUUGAGGUGUUGGGAAUCUGGAGAUGAUCCAUGGGUCGAACAUGCCAAGUGGUUUCCAAGGUGUGAAUUCUUGAUACGCAUGAAAGGACAGGAGUUUGUUGAUGAGAUUCAAGCUAGAUUUCCUCACCUUCUUGAACAGCUGUUGUCAACUUCAGACCCCCCUGGAGAAGAAAAUGCUGAUCCACCAAUUGUUCAUUUUGGACCUGGAGAAAGUUCUUCAGAAGAUGCAGUCAUGAUGAAUACUCCUGUGGUUAAAGCUGCCUUAGAAAUGGGCUUUAGUAAAAGCCUUGUAAAACAGACAGUCCAGAGUAAAAUUCUAACAACUGGAGAGAACUAUAAAACAGUUAAUGAUAUUGUAUCAGCACUUCUUAAUGCUGAAGAUGAAAAAAGAGAAGAGGAGAAGGAAAGACAAGCUGAAGAAAUGGCAUCAGACGACUUGUCAUUAAUUCGGAAAAAUAGAAUGGCUCUCUUUCAACAGUUGACAUGUGUGCUUCCUAUCCUGGAUCAUCUUUUAAAGGCCAAUGUAAUUAAUAAGCAGGAACAUGAUAUUAUUAAACAAAAAACACAGAUACCUUUACAAGCAAGAGAGCUGAUUGAUACUGUUUUAGUUAAAGGAAAUGUGGCAGCCAACAUCUUCAAAAACUGUCUGAAAGAAAUUGACUCUACAUUGUAUGAGAACUUAUUUGUGGAAAAGAACAUGAAGUAUAUUCCAACAGAAGAUGCUUCAGGUCUGUCACUGGAAGAACAGUUGAGGAGGUUGCAAGAAGAACGAACUUGUAAAGUGUGUAUGGACAAAGAAGUUUCUAUUGUAUUCAUUCCCUGUGGUCAUCUUGUAGUGUGCCAAGGAUGUGCCCCUUCUCUAAGAAAAUGCCCUAUUUGCAGGGGUAUAAUCAAGGGUACUGUUCGGACAUUUCUCUCAUAAAGGAAAAGUAGGCUGUGUAUUACCCAUGUAGAAAAGUCUUUAAAAUAUUGAGCAUUUGAAGCCACCUGAAGUAAAAAAGGAAUUAUUAGUUCUUCAAUCAGAUAGAUUCAUGUUCUGCUCUGCUUUGGUAUUAAUAAUUUUGUCUCCAAAAAGAUAGUGUUAUGUAUUUAAUCUUAGAAUCUGUUUAUUUGCAAAGGAAGAUUUCUGUUUGAAGAACUAAAUUAUUAUCUAUAUGUGGACGUGGGAGAAAUGAAAGAAGUAGUGUCAGUGCUUCUUAGAUAUCAUUUCAGGAGUUUCUGGAUUUGGUGUUCCUUCUGCAAGCUUUGAGUAGUGCUACAUGAGAGUGUGGUUUAAAGAAUUGGAAACCAGGAACUUGAGCUCAUCAGAAUGAUGGUACCAAAUUCUCUUUGGUGCUUUUUACUUGUGUUGUAAACUAAGGAUUUUUUCUCUUACUGAUAAUAAGUUUUCCCCUAGUUUGUGAGAAAUAUCUUAAUAAAGUGUUUAAAAUGGAUUGCAUCAUCAAAAUGAUUUUUCCUGUCUUG